UUCCAGACCGUGGCGAAGAACAUCCAUGACCGUGGAGGAGUGAGAAUAUUACCUUUGCAACAUCGACCACAACAACCUUUGACGCAUGGAUUCAAAUCGUGGAUUACUGACGUUACGGAGGAAUGGUCGUGAAACCAUGAAUUGCAGCUGGGGGACGGAACUGUGGGACCAGUUUGAUAACCUGGAGAAGCACACCCAGUGGGGCAUCGAGUUCGUGGAGAGAUACACCAAGUUUGUCAAGGAGCGCUCGGAGAUCGAGCUCAACUAUGCCAAACAGAUCCGAAAUCUGUCGAAGAAAUAUCAACCCAAGAAAAACUCCAGAGAGGAGGAGGAAUACAAGUACUCCUCAUGCCGGGCCUUCCUGAUGACCCUGAACGAGCUGAGCGACUACGCUGGUCAGCACGAGGUCAUCGCUGAGAACCUCAACACACAGAUCCUCUCCGAGCUGCUGCGCUACGUCCAGGAGCUCAAGGCCGAGAGGAAAUCGCACUUCCAUGAUGGCCGGCGGGCACAGCAGCAUAUGGAGAACUCCUGGAAACAGCUGGAGUCUAGUAAACGCAGGUUCGAGCGCGACUGUAAGGAGGCGGAUCGUGCUCAGCAUUACUUUGAGAAGAUGGACGCUGACAUCAACGUGACUAAAGCUGACGUGGAGAAGGCGCGGCAGCAGGCCCAGAUCAGACACCAGGUGGCAGCAGAGAGCAAGAACGAGUACCUGAGCUGCCUGCAGAAGUUCAACAAGGACCAGAGUGAACACUACUACACACUCAUUCCCCUCAUCUUCCAGCGUAUCCAGGAGAUGGAGGAGCGGCGUAUCGAGCGGGUGGGGGAGAGCAUGAGGUCGUAUGCGGAUGUGGACCGCAGGGUGCUGCCCAUCGUCAGCAAGUGCCUGGACGGCAUGAACAAGGCGGCAGAGUCCAUCGACCCCAAGAUGGACACUAAGCAGGUGGUGGAGACGUACAAGUCGGGCUUUGAGCCGCCGGGCGAUGUGGAGUUCGAGGACUACAGCCUGUCCAUGCGCCGCGCCGUCUCCGAGUCCAGCUUCCUCAACGCCAGGGCCGACACCCGCCGACGCAGCCGCGGCAAGCUGUGGCCCUUCAUCAAGAGGAACAAGUCUCCUCCAGCCCAGCAGAGGGAGCCCUUCGCCCAGCGCAUCAACGGCUUCAUGUCCUCCAAGCACCGCAGCCUGCGCAGCCUCAAGAGAGGGCUCUCCCUCAAACUGGGCACCAGUUCGGAGGACUACAGUCACCUGCCCCCAGAGCAGAGGAGGAAGAAGCUGCAGGCCAAACUCAACGACAUCACCAAGGACCUGCAGAAGGAGAUGGACCAGAGGGAUGCGCUGGCGAAGAUGAAGGACGUGUACGUUAAGAACCCCCACAUGGGCGACGCCAGCAGUGUGGAGCCGCGGCUGGAGGAGAUCACACACAACAUCGACAAGCUGCAGCUGGACCACCACAAGUUUGAGAGCUGGUUGGCUGAUGUGGAGGGGAAGUUGCUGGAGAAGGGCGACACCCAGAGGAGACAGAGCGCCCACUACGACUCCCAAGGACACACCCCCACGGGGAACAGCUGUGCUCAGAACAGAGAGAGCCCAGAUGGAAGCUACACAGAGGACCACAGUGUGGAGACGCAGUUCAAGUCGCGCAGCACCGAGUUUGAUGACGAGUUUGACGACGAAGACCCACUGCCCACUAUAGGAACCUGCAAAGCACUCUACCCCUUUGAAGGUCAGAACGAGGGCACGAUCUCGAUGGCGGAGGGCGAGAUGCUGUACGUGAUCGAGGAGGACAAGGGCGACGGCUGGACGCGUGUGCGGCGUAGCGAGGAGGAGGAGGGAUACGUGCCCACCUCCUACAUCAAGCUCUACUUCACCGACACCAGCGCCAAAGGUGCCAUGACCUACAUCUGACCUACAUCUGACCUACAUCUGACCUACA